AUAAUCAACAACAAAAAUUACAUAAAAUCUGGGAAUUGCUAUUAUCCGGGCAUUUUAGUAAUUUAAAAGUGGCUCGUUGAUGUUCUAGCCUUUGUGACCGUCUUCCUCUGCCUUUCGUCAAUGGAAUCAUUAUAUCAAAAAGCGAACAAAUUGUUGAUGGAAGUUGAGAGUCACAUAUCAUCUCUAGGGCACUCGUAUUCGCCUCAACUUGAGCAGGAAAUUGAGGGUAAAUUAGAGGAGUUGUUCUCUGAUAUUCAGAGGUUGGAGCAGAUGGUCGCUAAAGAACCACCUUCCAGGAAGCAGAGCGCCAAACUACGAGUUGAACAAUUGUCAUAUGAUUGUCAGCAUCUACAUAGUACUCUUAGGACGUUCCAACAGAAACAGCGGCUCAACGAAAAGGAAGAGCACGAUAGGAAUGAAUUGUUGUCAAGGAGAUUUACAGCAAAUAUGCCAAUGAAAUCUCAUCUUGCAGGAGACACCAAUAGCUAAGUCUGACUCUCGAUCAUGUGUGACAGACAGCUGUUGGAAAGUUAAUUUUUAGUGCAUUGGGCUGAUAUUUAAAGCAGCUGUAUUGACAGACAGACGGACAUACAUAUUAACAGACAGACAUCGAGCAGUUGUGAUUGUGGCAAAGAACUGGACAUCCAAUGAUACCAUCUAAUCACUUGUAAGACUGGGGGUGGUCCAGUGCACACUCACAACUCAAUUGUGUCAGCAUGGUCUAACUGCCUUUCUCAACUCAACUUGUCGCACAAACUAGAGCCACAAUACGGGUAUGUCAACAGUGACAAGAGGUCGGACAUCCUCGUUUAUGACCCAGAUUUAGGUGCAGACAUUGAAUUAGAUGUGUCGUUGGCUCAUCCAUGGUGUUUGGACUCAGUGAAGGCAGCCGCCAGAGAAGAAGGAGUAGCAGCAAUGAAACGGGAGGAGAAGAAAGAGGCAAAAUAUAAUUCUGAGCUGCUGCCAGAAGGUCCUGCCCAUUGGUCAUUCCUCUUGUUUUCCAACAUUUUUGGCCGUUGGGGUGAACAAGCUGGCAAAGAUUGCAAGAGAUGAUGAAGGAAAACGAAAUGAGACCGACUUCAAGAACAAGUGGUGAUCAAUCAUUUCAGUGACACUACAACGUUGCAAUGCAAAACUCGUCUCGGACAAACUCAUUAGCAUAGCGAGAUUAGAACGUCGAAAUGUAUUGUGCUCAGUGUAGUUUGUAUGCUUCAGGACAGUAAUGGUCUUGUUGUGUUAGUGUUAGGUUGCUCAUGAUGUAAACGUUUGAUUUAAAUGGAAAAUAUAUGUAUGGAGACAGA